CAUUAGACAUUCUUUUAUUUCUCCCGACAACACACUCGUACUGGAGGAUAAACUAACCGGCACUGAGGGAUCCACAACCGGCCAAUUAUCCCCGCAUUGUUGUGGAGGCAGCAGCCCCGAGGAGGGGAUGGAUGCAGGCAGGCGAGCGGAGGCGCACCGAGGAGGCAGCGGGUCUGUGACGGAGCCAGCUCCUCUGUGAUGCAGCUGUGGAGAACACGGGACGUCGGCUGCGAUUAAACUGCUAAAGGAGGCGAGGAACCAGCGGGUGUUUGUGAUUGUGCUCACGUGUUGGGGGUCGACGAUACGCGGGGGAAGCCGUGUAGCCAGCAGCAGCCUACUCCACCACGCCGCACACAGGGAGCAUCGCACCGCCGCUCCGCUGCCUCUGUGAAUCCGAGUGUCUUGUUCUUCCUCGCCGCGGUGAUCCGUCAUGUUGUCUCCUUGCACAGCCUGAUCUUGUUUUUAGUAUUAUUAUUAUUCUUUAUUGUCGCACUGAAACUGCCAGGUGUUUUUCUCACCCAAAAUCAAAGGGAAAGUGUGCGAGGAGAGGACAUCCGUCCGUGCGCGCUCCACACCGGGAUAAUUCAUCGUGGAAGUGGGGGUGACCCCCUCCUCCUCCUCUUCCUCCUCCUCCCCUCCCUCCUCAGCCGAGGUACCGCACAUGCUUCCCCCCCCCCACCGUCACUUUUUUCGUGUUUUUGUCCACGCUGGAGGUGUUUUGAGGAGAUCUAGCUUAAAAUGCGUAAAAGGCUGCCAGUGACGCAACAUCUCACACGGGCUGCAUGAGAAAUACAUGCGUCGCAGGGCGUGAACUUGCAGACACUAACAUCCUUCCCAUUACCAAAGCAUCUGCUUAUCUAUAAAGGCUCCUUCUGCAAACCCCGUCCCCAGUCGCCCAGCUACCCGCCAUCCCCCCGAAUUCAUCCAAACUCCUCAUCAUGGAUCUCAAAGCGGACUCGGAGGACAUGGACUACAAGCGGCCGGCUCCCAUAGAAGUUUUCGCCAGCAGGUCCACGCUGCACGGCAUCUCGCACAUGUUCACCUACGAGCGGAUGUGCAUCAAGCGCACCCUGUGGAUCUUGUUCUUCCUGGGCUCCCUGGGCGUGCUGGUGCUGGUGUGCGUGGACCGCGUGCAGUUCUACUUCCAGUACCCGCACGUCACCAAGCUGGACGAGGUGUCGGCCCCGAUGAUGGUGUUCCCCUCGGUCACGUUCUGCAACCUCAACUCCUUCCGCUUCAACAGGGUGACCCGCAACGACCUGUACCACGCCGGGGAGCUCCUUGCCUUGCUCAACGGCAGGUAUGAGAUCCGGGACCCACACCUGGUGGAAGAACAUGUCAUGCAAGUCCUGAAGGAAAAGGCUGAUUUUGACAACUAUAAGCCCCGGCCCUUCAACAUGCGUGAAUUCUACGACCGAACGGGCCACGACAUCAAGGAGAUGCUGCUUUCCUGCUACUACCGGGGCAUGGAGUGCAGUCCUGAAGACUUCAAAGUGAUUUUCACACGCUACGGAAAAUGCUACACCUUUAACUCAGGCCAAGAUGGACGACCCUUGAUGGUGACGAUGAAGGGAGGGAUGGGAAAUGGCCUGGAGCUGAUGCUGGAUAUCCAGCAGGAUGAAUACUUGCCUGUUUGGGGAGAGACUGACGAGACGUCGUUCGAAGCCGGCAUCAAAGUUCAGAUCCACACCCAGGAAGAGCCACCGUUCAUCGACCAGCUGGGCUUCGGAGUUGCACCCGGGUUUCAGACCUUCGUAUCCUGUCAAGAGCAACGGCUGACGUACCUGCCUCCGCCGUGGGGCGACUGCAAGGCCUCGGCGAUGGACUCUGACUUCUUCAGCAGCUACAGCAUCACAGCCUGUCGCAUCGACUGCGAGACACGAUACCUGGUGGAGAACUGCAACUGCAGGAUGGUCCACAUGCCCGGAGAUGCCCCGUACUGCACCCCGGAGCAGUACAAAGAGUGUGCAGAUCCCGCCUUGGACUUUCUUGUGGAGAGGGAUAAUGACUACUGUGUGUGCGAGACGCCGUGCAACUUGACGCGCUUUGGUAAAGAGAUGUCCUUUGUCAAGAUACCCAGCAAAGCCUCGGCCAAGUACCUUGCCAAGAAAUUCAACAAGACAGAGCAGUACAUAGCCGAUAACAUUCUGGUGCUGGAUAUCUUCUUUGAAGCACUGAACUACGAGACCAUUGAACAAAAGAAAGCCUAUGAAUUGGCCGGUCUUCUGGGUGACAUUGGAGGUCAGAUGGGUCUUUUCAUCGGAGCCAGCCUCCUCACCAUCCUUGAACUCUUCGAUUAUCUAUAUGAGGUGAUCAAGUACAAGAUGUGCCGCUGCAUGAAGAAGAAACACAAAGGCCACAACAACAAUGACAGGGGAGCGGUGCUGAGCCUGGAUGAUGUGAAACGCCAUGCUCCUUGCGAGACCCUGCGUACACCAUCAACGUAUCCUGGCAACAUGCUACCUCAUCACCCGGCCCAGGGUAACUUUGAAGACUUCACUUGCUGAGCAGACCCCCGAGGUGGGAGCAUCAAAGUGCGGGUUAUGCAACCAAAGCCAACCACACAACAAGAACCAUCCAACACGGGGGAAGUGCGAGGAACUCAUACGAAGUUGAACAGAGGCACUUUGUAUUUCUUCGAAGCGGAGGACAAAUCCAAAACAACAGAGAAACUUUCACCCGAGGCCGAGUGGAGAGGAUAUCCCAAAUAUAAAUCUGUCAGUUAACUCUUCUGUCUCUGUGUUUUCCUCUGGAAUACUGCCGCAAGGGAUGCUCAUGGAGGAACCUUGCCAACACGGACUUCUCUCUUUCAAAAGACAAAAAAAGUGUAAAAAAUAAACGAAUGAAUAAGGGAAAAUGUACAGUUAUCUCACCAUUAUCAGAAAAAAAGAGCCCCCAUGCCUUUAUAUAUAAACACAGCAGAACACAACUGUUUUCACACGCCACUGGCCUGCUGGUGGGACACACGCCCAUACUGCUUACCGCACUGUACAUGUAGCAACAUCUGUAACCGUUGCAGCGCUCUCCAUGAAACAACAGCUGGACUUUGUGUAGUUUGUUUGCGAAUGUAUCUAUGUUCCCAGUGAGUGUAGUCAGGGGUGUGUGGGGCGGGGUACUUUCAGGGGGGUCGUGGCGGCAGUGGUAGUGGUAGAGUUUGCAUCAUCUACCAUUUAAAACCUGUACUGGUGAAGAUUUCAGGUCUCAUCAUGUAAAUGCAUGCUUGUAUUCGUCCAGUGCAUGUUUUUUAGUUUCUUUUUUUUAAUUUUGAACAUACAUAUAAUUACCAAGUUUGCCUCAAUGAUAGACAGAUGAUACAUCCCCUGUGUGUUUCCGUGUGCGUGAGUCUGUGUGUGUGUGUGUGUGUGUGUGUGUGUGUGUGUGUGUGUGUGUGUGUGUGUGUGUGGGUUUGUGUGUGUGUGUGUGUGCCAACAUCCCUACUCAAGCAGGUACAUCGAGACUCUAUUUUGCAACUGGAUGAGCUGCAAUUUAAAUUAAAUUUGUCAUCCGUUUUCUUGUCUUUCCGUUUUCACAUGUGCCAGAUGAGUUAAAGCGUCUUCUCUCGACUCCUGGAUGAGGUGGCGUCGUUUUUUUAUUUCUUCUUUUGUGGGGGUUUUAAUUUGAUUUCUGUAUCUGUAUUCUAGUUGCAAAAGUCUUAUCAAAGCACAAUACCGCCAGUAUGUAGAGGUGAUGUAAAGAAAAUGUACUAUUCUUCUUGAUAUAUUGUCAUAUUAUUAAUAUCGUAUUGAUCCAACAGUUUUUUCGGUCGUUUCUUUCUUUCAUAUAAAACAUACUCAGUAUUGCCUGGUGAUCCUGUCUUCAUCCUCCAGGUAAAAAGACUGGUCCAUUUAGUUAUCGCAGCAUAAAUAAAAUGUAAAUAUCA